CUGACCGUUAGUGCGAAGGUGAUAUUUAAAUGCCCCUCCCGUCACCAACGCAUUUCUUGACCUUGACAACAUCCGACAUAAAAUCACCAAACCCCGUCGAAGUCUGAGAUAUCUUCUCAACUACAAUCUUCAACAUCAAAAAUAACAAAUCGCAUACCAUUUUAUACCAGAUAAAUAUCACAGGAUCGUCUAAUUUUCUGUCAAUAUGCCUAAGAACAAGGGAAAGGGUGGUAAGAAUCGUCGUCGUGGAAAGAACGAGAACGACAACGAAAAGCGCGAGUUGACCUUCAAGGAGGAGGGGCAAGAAUAUGCCCAAGUAGUUAAGAUGCUUGGCAACGGCCGUCUUGAGGCGCAAUGCUUCGACGGCGCGAAGCGACUGGCACACAUCCGUGGCAAGCUGCGCAAGAAAGUCUGGAUUAAUAACGGUGACAUCAUCCUACUGUCCCUACGAGAUUAUCAAGACGAGAAGGGCGACGUUAUCCUCAAGUACUCGGCCGACGAGGCCCGCUCCCUCAAGGCCUACGGCGAGCUCCCCGAGAGCGCCAAGAUCAACGAGACCGACACCUACGGCCCCGGCGACGAGGGCGAGUGCGGCUUCGAGUUCGACGAGGACCGCGAUUCCGAAUCCGACGAGGCUGGUGGUGCUGGUGGCAAGGAGGUCGAUAUUGACGACAUCUAGUUUCUUCCCAUCUUUCCUCCUUCCUUCUCCCACGUGGAUUGGGAAACAAAGUAUCACUCACCUGGUCUUCCGGUUUUGGCUACUUCCCUACAACAAACCUACUCUAUAGCAAACUUUGGAGACCAGAGGAAAAAAGCCUGUCUUCUCUCUCAAACCCGGAUUGUACCGAUUCCCCCCCUUGUGGUCCGGGUUCCACGACAGUCGGGUGGUACGGCUCUGAUGGCAAGCAAGCGGGCUAGGUACAUGGUGGGAGAGACGUCAUGGGCCUUGGUCGUUUGGCAGCUUAGAUACGAUGACUAUUUUAUUUUUUCUGCUACUAAAUGUCAUUAUCUUUUUUUUCUCUUUUUUUUCUCUUUUUCUUCCAGUCUAGCUCGGUGGUUUUUCUAGCAUUGACGAAAGACGGAGAAAAAGGGCUUUACUGGGACAUGGACGGCAUAAUCAUAAUCAAUCCGCAUCGCGAGGAACGACUGUCAAUACGUUGUUAGUUUGUUGCUACUAGCUUUCAAUACAAAUGCCUCUUUUCUCAA